AUGUCAUUAUAAAAUUUUGAUUUUUUUUUUCAUUUUUCCGAAAAAUUAAAAUAACUAUUGUGUGUCUCUAAUAUUCGUUUAGAUAUAUAAAUAGUAUUUAUUUUAAUAUUUUUUUAAAAAUUACCCGAUAUUGUUGUCUCAUAACAAAUGGGUGUCUCAUGGAAUAGGCAAAACAUCUCUUAUUCUAACAGAAGCAAUUAUUAAGUAUCAUAUAACAUUAAAAUAUAAAAAAGAAAUACUAAUGUUAAAAGAUGAUAGACGAAUUUUUUUACAGAAAUUAAAAUAAGAAAAUUAGUCGUAGGAGAAACUAAAAAUAUCUUGAAGUGGAAAGUGGAAGGGGAAUGAAUAUCUGUUUAUUUAGAUAGUGUUUGUGUAUAAAGUUGAAUACGUGUUUGGCACAACACUAUUUAUAUAUUAAUUUGUCCUUCAAAAACGAUGUGAUUAUCUUAAGGAAAAAGUGAUUUUAUUUAAAAGCUCGUAUAUGUUUUAAAGAGCUUAUUAAAAUGCUAGUAAUUAUUGCAUUAAUUUGUGAUGUUAAUGAAGCAUACAAAAUCUCCACACUUUUAAAAUAUUAGUUGCAGGAAAAAUUCUCACAUAUUUGAUAUUUUUUAUACCAUUCUAAAAGGACUCUUUUUAAUUAAGAUAUAUACGUAUAUAUAAAUUCUUGUCAAACUCUUUUUAUACUAGAUUUGGGACAUUGUUUGUGUCCGAACAUUAAAGAGUUGAAGUGUGGCUUAUUUAUGUGUGAGCAUCAGAAAAAAAACUGGCAGAGCGCACUAUGGCUGCUAAUACAGUACUUGUUGAAGCAGAAGAAAGAUACUGUUUUUGGUUAGCAAAAGUGAUCAGAAAUUGAACUUUCACUUCUUCCAAUCCAUUACUGAUCAAUGGCUUCUGUGCAAAUCCUGUGUGCAUGCACAAGUAGUAGCCAUGUUCAACACCAGGGUUCAAUCAGAUACAGAUAUGGAUACCCCAGUGAGAAGAUGAAUGGGAGAAGGUGUUCAGUUAGAGUUGAAGGUGGGAACGGAAUGGUUGUUCCGAGUUCAGAGGAAGAGAAGAGGAAGCUGAGAGUGUUGGUGGCUGGUGGAGGCAUUGGUGGCCUUGUUUUGGCUCUGGCUGCAAAGCACAAAGGGUAUGCAGUGAAGGUGUUUGAGAAGGAUUUAAGUGCUGUUAGAGGUGAAGGUAGGCACAGAGGCCCAAUUCAACUCUUGAGCAGUGCCCUUGCUGUGCUGGAAGCCAUCGAUCAGAGUGUUGCAUGGAAGAUAAAGGAGGCUGGCUGUGUCACUGCCAAUAGGACUAAUGGCUUUGCUGAUGGUUUAUCUGGAGAAUGGUUCGGUGAGUUUGAUCUUUUGACUCCUGCUUCAAGGAAGAGGCUUCCUCUUACCCUAGUCAUAUGUAGGAUGACACUGCAAGAUAUAUUAGUCAAUGCAGUUGGUCCAAAGAUACUAAGAAACAAAUCUAAAGUUGUGGAUUUUAUUCAGGAACCUAGCAAGGUUAGAGUGAUCCUUGAAAAUGGUGAGCAACAUGAUGGUGAUAUCUUAAUAGGAGCAGAUGGAAUAUGGUCAGAAGUUCGUUCGAAACUCUUUGGGCGCCAAGAAGCAAAUUACUCAGGUUUCACAAGCUAUAGUGGAUUAACAAGUUAUGUACCACCGUAUAUUCAUACAAUUGGGUAUCGAGUGUUCUUGGGCAUGAACCAGUACUUUGUUGCUUCAGAUGUUGGCCAUGGAAAGAUGCAAUGGUAUGCUUUCCAUGCGGAACCCCCAUCAAAUGAUCCUUUCCUAGAAGCAGGUAAGAAGAAGAGGCUUUUGGAUCUCUUUGGUAAUUGGUGCAAUGAAGUGAUUACAUUAAUAUCAGAAACACCAGAGAAUAUGAUUCUGCAGAGGGAUAUAUAUGACAGAGACAUGAUCAACACUUGGGGAAUUGAUAGAGUGACUUUGUUGGGUGAUGCAGCUCAUCCAAUGCAACCAAAUCUUGGUCAAGGGGGUUGCAUGGCAAUAGAGGACUCUUACCAAUUGAUACUUGAGCUUGACAAGAUUGCUAAACAUGAUCCUGAUGAGUCUGAAGUUAUCUCAGCCCUUAGAAGAUAUGAGAAGAAAAGAAUUCCAAGGGUAAGGGUGUUACACACAGCUAGCAGAAUGGCAUCAAAAAUGCUAGUCAACUAUCAACCCUACAUUGAAUUUAAAUUUUGGCCCCUAUCAGUAUGUCUUCUCUUCAUCUUCGUUCCUGCAGAAUUUAUUUGAGACAAAGUUUAGAUGCAGUUUCUUAUGUUCUUUCAAUGUUGUUCUCCAAGUAGAAUCAAAGUUUCAACUUGAUAGUUCAUAGAGGAACCUUUACAUUAAAGCUCAUAGUACCUUAUGCAGGCAAUUGUUCCCACAAGACUUUUUUUCAUUCCAACAUGUUUAAUAAUUUGUUUUUGGCCUCCUAGGACAAUUUUCUUAAAUGAAUGUAAAAGGAUAUAAUAGAGAACAAUUUGGAACUGAUUUUACCCUUUUUCUAACAAUAUACUCACUGACACAAAAGGUAACAUUUCAAAACAGAUAAACA